AUGGCGAUGAAGCAAAUUAUUCUCCUGAUCACAGGUUUGCUUUUCUGCGCAGAAGAGGGUAAGUGUUAAUGUCGGCAACGUAGAUGACCUAGUUUAAUCAAAGAGUUCUUAUUGAAUCGAUAUGUUUCUAUGCAGUUUUCAUUCAUAGGCCAUGAGGUUCGGUCUAGUUCUAGGUCUUUUUACUAACACACAGAGUCAAAAAGUCUGUUUCUCGCCGUAAUGGGAUAUACCCAUUGCAGAUUAAGCGACUAUUAAACGCUUUCAACAGUAUAUCUUAAGUCAAAAGGUUUUUCUGUCUUUGGAAAGGGUUUAGGGACAAUACCGUAAAGUUCCCAAAGUAACGACCCUCCGAAAGUAGCGAUAAAAUUUCACAGGUGUUAGGAAAUGCUAGCCUGUUCCAGGCGUUCAAAUCGUGGGGACAGCGCAAGAGAUUUGACCACUAUCCGAACGCCUGGAAAAGGCUAUAGAACUGAUGUCAAAAGUAGCGACUUUAAAAGUGAUUUCCUUUCUUGCUAGAAAUAACUGAAAUUAUAGUUACACUGAAGCUUCACCAAACUGAUCGGAUAUUUAUUUUUUGACGGUUAUUAUGAUCUUUGACAUUCCCUUAUGUAACUCAAAAGGUACGUUACAUCUUCUUUUUUUAAAAAAAGUCUUCCUUUCGUCCGUGAAUACUCAAAUCGUAAUCAGACAAUUGCUGGUUUUCGGUGUCACGCCAUUCAAAAUAGAUCAAAAUCAAAAUCAAAAGCUUUCAAUAGAUAAGGUCCAGAAUCUGGGAAAUAAAAAGGAGGUAAAUAUGCAACGACCCUUGCCAAGAUUCAGGCCAGAGGAAUAUUUCGUAUAAGAGAUAUUCGAAGAAACGUUUUCACAAAAUUAAUAGAGAUUUGUAUGGAGACAUCAUGCUGGUGCCCAUCCGGAUGGGCACCAACAUGGCGGACGGAAACCAACAGAAACAUAUGUUACCGAGUUUUGCUAGAAAACCGUGAAUUUAUUUUUCGAGGAACUCUUCAAACAUUAAAGUAAUACUUUUUCUAAUACAUGAACUGUUUAGAUAGCAAAAUUCCCUGAAAUAAGUCAUUUUUUUAACCUACAUGACAGCUCUCUUGGCCAUCAUGUAAACGCAGCGUGACGCAAAAGCUUAGAAAUUCAUGCGUACUCUAUCACAAAACCAAGAACCCUUUUGAAGCUAAACUUUGUAUGAAAAUUAGUUUUCUGCUGUUUUAAUACAUUGUGAAAGUAAAAUCUCGGAAGGAUCGAUAGUUUUGUAGUCUGAAUUUUAGCGGAGCUCCCAAAAAUUUAUAUUUAAUUUUUUUCAAAAUCUCUCCGGUCAACACUGUGCAGCCAUCAUCGGCGUCUCGGAAGCCUCUCUUUCAAGGUGAGGGCGGAAUUCUCGGAAUCCUGCAUUCUGAUUGGUCAACUUGAAUCAUUGUGGCAACUUCGUUUACAAGUGUUGUUGUUGUUGUUAUUUGUGAAUGAGUGAUACAUGGGCUUUAUGCAUGAGCACUAACUAAUUCUGAAUUUAAUUUAUUUUUCAAAGCCUCUGCGGUCAUCUCUCUACAAACAACAACUGCUUCUCGAACGCCUUCCGAUGAAAGUGAGUACAUUUUAACACUUUUUUCGGUUAGCCAGCCUUAUUUCUUAGUAUUUUGAAAUGUUGCUCGGUUUAUAUGCAGCUAUGUGGGCUCGUUUCUUAUCAUUACGCAAAAUUGCCCGGUUUUGAAAUCACUUAGUCUAUUAAAAUUCAUCUAUUUCCACAUUUGUAUUCUCAUCAAGUAUUGAACUCGCGAAUCCUUAAAGUACAUUUAACUUUGUUCUGGUAAUAAAAGGUAUCAGGUUUUAAAGCUUAACAGUCUUCACUGUAUAUGUAUAACGAAUAACAGCUUCUCUAAACACUUCCCCACAAAGUGAGUAUACACGCAUCUUUUCUCAGUUUGAGAGCACCUGUAAUUUGAACCAACAUCGAGGAUUUUCUUUUUUCAAUUCAAAGUGGACAGACUGCAAAUUGAGGGCCAAAUUAUAGUAGUUGCUAAAAAAUAUACAUCUACGUGUCGCAACUGUUCAUCAGUAGGAUGCCUGAAAUGCGUGCAAUUUCACAAUUGGUUUCGGCUCCAUUAAAUCCUAUACCAAUUGCAGAACAUUUUAGAAGGAGCCACCCACCAUGUGAGCACAGUCACGGACAACUCAUAUAAGUGAGGAAAAUAACGCAAAGUAAAAUUAACUAAAUGUACGCGUCAAUUAAAUAAAUAAACAAAUAAAGCGCGCCCUCAAAAUAAAAUUGUACGCGCACAAGUAUCAAGAUAAAACUGAAGUACAAUUCUAAGCAAUAAAUGAGUAAUGUAAGGAUACGAUGGUACUAAACAAAGGUAUCCUGAAUGCAGUUUUAGCACGUUUUGGCAAUACCUAGUGUUUCGUGUAAUUUAAAGUGUGAUGCCGAUUUUCUUUUUAAGGAUCCACGGCCAUCACUGUACAAUUACCAACAGCUUCUCAAAUACCUUCCGAUCAAAGUGAGUAUGUCUUUUUGGUCCAGGUUCAUAGUAUUUUGCACUUAAUUGCUUGGUGUUAGUCGUCCUUUAAUUUCCGACCGUGUUUUUUAACAUAUUCCAUUAAAACCCAGCAUAACAUUUAAUCUUAUAAUUAAAGUUUAUCUUUUUAAAGCCUCUCCGGUCACUACUGUACAAUCAACAACAGCUUCCCGAAGUUUUCCCGAUCAAAGUGAGUAUAUAAUUAUCUGUAGUAUGCAUUUUCAUCAUUACUUUUCUUUGUACUAUAGUUAUAAGCUUUAAAAAGGAACUACUAAAACACACAUCAUCAUUUCCAGAAUUUUAGUCUUAUGAAGUACAGAGGAACCCAGUUUAUACGGGUAUCCGUGAGAGGGGUUCCACUGUACCAAACUCAUUAAUCCCCAGCAUUUGACUUGCUGUGUUCUGGUAAUACUAAGUAUUGAUUCUUAUUUUGAAUUUGAUGUUUUUUAAGCCUUAACAGUGACCUCCGUAAAACCAACAUCAGCUUUUCCGAAGACUUCCAAUCAAAGUAAGUAGGUUUUUAUAGUCUUACACAGUUACUUAUAAUUGGACUUGGUUCUUAGGUUAGUAUUACUCAUUAUUUUAUCGUUUUAGAACUCUGUAAUUUUCACCAAAUUCGAUAUUUUUGUUUUUAUGAAUACCGUAUACAGCCUAAUGAAGGAAUUUUAGAACGUUUUCGUAACGUAUUAUAUUUGGUUUAAUUCAAAAUUUUAUAUUUCUUUCACGUCUCUUCGGUCACCACUGUGCAACCAACUUCAGCCUCUCGAAAGCCUUUCGAUCAAGGAGAGGGCAGAAUUCUCGAAAUCCUACAUUUUGAUUGUUCCCGUUGAAUCGCUGUGGCAACAGUUCGUUUACAAGUUUUGUUGUUGUUGUUGGUUGUGAAUGUGCGAAACAUGAGCUUUAUGAGCACUAGCUAACUCUAAGUUUAUAUUAUUUUUUAAAGCCUCUACGGUCACCUGUCUGCAAACAACAACCUCUCCUCGAACGCCUUCCGAUGAAAGUGAGUAUAGUUUUACACUUAUUCAGUUAGGCAUUCUUGUUUCUUAGUAUUUUGCAAUAUUGUUCAGUUUAAGAGCUCUCACUGUUUAUUUUCAUCUGAUAAACAGAAAGUUAUCUUCAUGAUGUACAGAUUACACUAUGUAAUAUUUCAAAAGUGUUCAAAUGAUACCUAUAGACCUUGUCACGGUUUUCGACGCCAUCAUGACGAGUAGGCAAACGCGUGAGAAAUUAUAGUGUUUGUAUGAGAAUCUUAAGUCGAAUAAUUUUCGUAAAACCGCUGUUCUAAACAAAAUAUCAAUUGUAAACUAAAGCUACAAAGCAAAGGAUUGUCCUAAAAAAAUUGGGGGCGUACCUGUGCUUAAAUUUCUCCAGAGGCUUUCUUCAGAUUUUCCUUAUAUUGGUCUGUAAUUUUCCCGGGACUUUCUUACAGACAAAUGCAUAGGAAAUUUCAAAAAGUGGUUCUAGGUCUUCUAAUGCAUGCAACGCCCUCGAAUUUUUUCAAGAGAAUCCUUAGGAGUGAAGCUUUAGUUUACAAAUCAUAUUUUUUUCAGAACAGCCGUUCUACGGAAAUUAUUCGACGUUAGAUUCUCAUACAAUCACUGUAAUUUCUCACGCUUUUGCCUACUGGUCAAGAUGGCGUCGAAAACCGUGACAAGGUCUAUUAUGAUACUUAAUACGUAGUUCUACUCGUACGUGUAUGCAGUGACAUGCAGGUACUGAGCUUGGUCUUAGCUUAGUAUUCGAGUUCAUUGUAAUUGUAAUUUGAAAAAAUGGAAAUUGUAAUUUGUUUACAUGCAAAACACUUAAACGUUCUUAUGAACUCGUUAAAACGUGUGCGUUCCAGAUCGAAUUUGAAUUUGGACUGAAGUGUUGGUUUUUGAGGAGAGGGGAAAAUCGGAGUACCCGGAGCAAAACCUCUGGGAGGAAGGGAGAGAACCAACGAAAAAUCAACCCAAAUAUGGUUUCGACGCCACGAUUUGAAGCCAGGGCCACAUUAGUGGGAGGCGAGUGCUCUCAUCACUGCGCCACCCUUGCGCCCUUGCGUUGUUUAAGAGCUCCUGUGAUUUUCACCAACUUCGAGGAUUUUCCUUUCAUGAAGUACCCGGCACAGGUAUCCUUAUAAUGCAUUUCGGCAUGUUUCGGUGAUAUAAGGUGUUUUCCCUUAAUUUUCUAUUCUUCAGUCUGUCUUUACUUUGCAUCCCGCCACCAGCCUAAAAAUAGCCAGGAUAUUUCAGUUUGAUGGAUCUGCAUGCUGAAAAAAACCACUCCGAGUGCAAUUCACAAUCCUUCGACUUUCUUUUUGUUUUUCUUGUAUUCUAUACAUUCUACUGGCCUAAAUCCUUAUUAUUUUUUUAAAGACAAAGCAAUUUACUAGUUGAGCGAUUGGAGUUCCUAAUAAAAAGCUAGGAGAGUAGCGGGAAAGCAUCUCGCGAUCAUCUCGUCAGAGGACAAAGUAUCGAUUUGCUUAAGUUAAAUUUAUCUUUUAAUCGUGGGAACAACAAGCUAACACUUCACCCAGAGAGUCAAAGGACGCGACAUGGGUCGGCACCCUUUGUAAGCGCGCAAAUAGUCACGGGACCAACGGUCUUACGCCGACGCUUUUCAAUAAGCGCCAUUCCAUAGUGAGUAUGUUGUUGUAGCCAGAGUCUCCAGUUUUAAUAGCGGAGCUCCACGCGCGUGCGGAGCCCCAUAGCUAAUCACGUGACCGUACACUGCCCGAGCAACCGACCUUCCGCACCACAGGCACACCAAUAUAAAAUUAGUCAAUCAACAGGUAAGCAACCCAAUUGCAACGGAAGAAAAUCGCAUGGCCGCCCGGACUUUUAGAGAGAGAAAAAAACAACAACAAAGUUUUGUCUUUUUCGACGUUAUUUUUGAUAUUUACACUCACGUGGAUAACCACAGGCGGCCCAGACGUAGUAUGUGUCAAAUGAAUAUGUUAAUAUUCAUAUGGACAAAAUAUGAUGAGUCGUCGAAGCUCCCAUGAACUAAAAUAGUCCAAAAGUCAAAAUAUAACAAAACAAAGCUAAGAUACCUUUAACUGAACGUAUCCUUGUCUUUCCUGGCCGGUUGAAGUGGCAUUUUGUUGAGUUUUGCAGUUGUAGGUACUAUCCACUAAAGAAGAAUUAAAGGCUGGCCACAAAACAAACGGACUAUCUCAACGCGCCUUCACGCGACGCGCUAUAAAUUCUAGAAUAACUGAUGAAUCUGCUCGUUUAUUACAUUUAGGCCUUCUACAACUGCAAGCAAAUCUUGUCCUAAUGCCAGAGUAGAAAUCGCGUUGACUUUCUCAUUGCGUAACACACGCGACAUUCCCAGCCGCUCCAAUUCCAAAAGGACUUGUUUCGACAGCUGAGUUAAAAAUCGCUCUUGCGUCCGCCAUUUCUGAAUUCAGAAUAAUUCUUUCCCGCAGAACUAUGAAUUUCGCGUCUCUAGUUUUCGCGGGAUUUAAACCUCGAACGAUUGAUUGGGAAGAUUAGAACCAACAAGACUAAUUUCAAAAUACUAAAUAUCAUUCUUGACAACGAGGCUUGAGAUAAUAUAACAAAAAACAUAUAUUGAUUAGUACCGGCUAACCAACGUAGAACAUUCUCCUACAGGUUUUGCCUUUAAAUGUCUCCAGUGCAGUGGUAACAUUGAGGAAUGUAACAGCAUGAGCGCUAAAAACGUGUCUUGUGCAAUAGGCCAGAACAGAUGCUUGAAAGUGAUGAUGAGUAAAGACGGCAAAGAAUCUGGUUUAUAUGGGUGCGCAUCUGAUCGGGACUGCAAGAUGGCUAUCAAAUCUUGUAAAGCGGUCAAGGAAAACAACGUCAGGACGAACUGUAUGUCCCAAUGCUGCAACACAACGGCUUGCAAUACACCUCCACCAAAAAGUAUGGUGCCUCUUUUUGUUAUAACAUUCAAACUGAAUUUUAUUGUUGUUAAUCACACUAUAGGAUCAUCUCCAGGAUGACCGGUAGGUAGUAGGAUACAAUCUCGUUUUAAAUUAGCCCAUUACAUGAUGGUAAGUCACAUGGCACGAGAACGGCAACCUGGAGAACAAGCAACAUUGUAGAUAGAUAGAUAGAUGUUCUGUUUAUUUCACCCACUUGCAGGAAUAACUGAAUUGUUAGGGAAGGUCAUUGUCACAUACAAUUAACCAUUUACAUACAUUCAUUGAAAUUUAUAAGUUACAAAGUCAUUAAUUCUUUUGGUAUGACAAUGUUGACGUCUUGGAAGUACCUUAGAAGUACCUUGGGACCUUAAGGGUCUUAUGUAUCCGUUUGAACGGGCUCGAAAGUUUAAACUCAUUUGAACCUUAGCGAAACAACCUCAUCCAGCCUCGUCCAACAAGCUCUUUACUUUCUUUCACUAACUUCGUUUCUUGCUGAUUUUGUAUCAGGCGACCAUCACAGCAAAUUUCAAAAUUUAUAAGAGUGCCAUAGUGUCUUACAGACACAAGGGAGCCUCGUUUUGCAUCUCUUUGAGGACCGCAGUCUAUGGAGGCUGAACUUUUUUCGGAAAUUAAACACUAAAACUCCACAAUAUCUUGUACUUUGUUGACAGCUGAUUAUAUAUUUAUAAGUCGGUGGGAUAUGAUUGUGCGGGUGAGUGUGGUCUAAAUAGGACUGUUGUUGACAGAGAUUGACUUUUCGACAAACUGUGUGGUAUGUCAUCUUCAGAGUCAAAAAUCAUUAUAUGUUUCAUUUAUAUUAACUCUCAGGUUACAAAUUGAAGUGCUAUAUGUGUGAAAGCGUAAUAUCAAUGGACGACUGCGUGCAAAACACUUGGUCUGGACGCUGCGCAGAAGGACAAACAAAGUGCGGCAAGUUUACCACUGAAUUGAUCAUGCAAGGAAAGAAAGUCAUGGUGUAUCGAAAGGGAUGCCAAACUGAAAUGACCUGUAAAAAGGAAAACGAUCUGUACGGCCAGGCCUGUGGAUCUGAUGACACCUGCAAAUUUCAUUGCUGUGAAGGAGAUUUGUGUAAUGCUGGCUCAUUUGCUUCUAUCAGCGUUGUGUCCCUCUUCACAUGCACUUUGCUGUAUAUUCUUUACAUCUAG